AUGCAUAUCAUUGAUGAAAUCCGUGCGAAUAAAGGUGUCGUUUCAAUCAUAUCGAAAACAAGCAUUUUUGCACUUUGCUUGAUGCCUUUUCUGAGCUUUGUCGAUCUGACCCCUGAUUCGACACUUUCGAAGAUUUUACACCUGACAAAAAUUUACAACUUUGUCAUUGAUUUCUUGCUCUCUCGCAGCUUGACGAUCGUUACCGGCAAACAGUUACCUUCCUGCAGACCCUUUGCGACAUCUCUCGAAACCUCG